GCGAAAACCAAAUUCAGUUGAUAUAGGAGUAUCAUGGUGCAAGUAUUGCUCGCAUCAAUAUUUGUAUAAAUCUAUGCAUAUGUAUACAUACAUAUUUACUAAUGUAAAUGUCUGUGCGUACAAUGUUGAAAAAUAAGUAAACUAUAUUUUAUACAAAAUACCACAUUGUACUAAACUCGUAAUAGCCCAUUAUCUAAUACUUGUUUUUAAGUUAUAGAGCAUUAAUGUGAUUUAAUGGUUUGUGCUUAUGUCCCAAUAAGUGGGUAAUACUGAGUUCAUAUUAUAAUAAUAUUUCGCAGUGAAUAAUGGAAUAUUAAUAAUGACUGCGGAAUUUGCAUGGUCAAAUUGUGUGAUCUUUUGCUUUUAACUUCCUUUUAACAGCGUUUAUUUUAGACACAGUGUACGAAAAAUUUAAAUAAAGUGUACAUUAAAAGGCGUGAAAGUUUAGAAAUUCAAAUUAGUUCCAGCUUAAAAUUUUGGAAGCAUGCAUUUUCUUAAACUCUUUGCCGUACUUGUAUGCAUUAUUUCCCACAACAAUUACGACGCUCGUGUCCAAAUUCAGCAUCACUCAGCAGAAGCGAACAAUUUGUUUGACGAAAUUGAACAAGAAAAAAAAGACUUGCUGAUGAUACCAAAGAGCCAUACACUCAUCGUUCCCGCUGACACACGUGCUGCCUUUUUCGCAUUCAAGGCAUAUGAGGAAGGGAAGAGCGUAUUUCACGGUAAAUGCAAGCCUCAGAAAGUAGAUUUACACUUGAAAGCUGGAAGUUAUCCCGUUAUUAGUCCGGAAAAUAUAACAUUUCCAAAAAAUUUUCUGUCGGCCGAUCAAAGAUCUAAAAUAUUCAAUGUGAAGUUUCAAUCCAAUGAAAAACAACAACACCUUUUAAUAGAAGGUCCACAAAUGGGUGAUUGGUUCGCAGUAGCUUUUAUUAGUUGGACAGAUCCGAGAAAAGACCGUAUUGAACAGCAAG